AUGGAUUAUUUAUUAGAUCGUUAUAUUUUUGAUUAUUUACCUUUUCAAAUUUCUGAUGAAUUAAAGAAAUCAAUUUCUUCUUCUUUAAUGUCUGUUGUUAAGUAUGCCGAUUGGUUUUGCAAAACUCAAGAUGUUUGGAAUUUCUUUGAAAAUCAUUUUACUUUUCUUGCUGCUGAAAUUUUUUAUUUUUUGUUGUUUGCUUUUACUUUACUGCAUGCUAUUCGUCUUGGUGGACGUUAUAUUUACACUUGGUUAGGAAUUUCUAUGUUGAUUUUCCAUCAGGAAUAUUUUCAACUUGGGAAGCCGCAAUUUGAUUUUCAAUGGCAUUCUCAAGGGCUUUUAAGUUUUUGUGGUGGAAGAAUCCCUAUUUCGAGUGUUUUGGGUGUUCGGCAUGUAGCUAUUUAUUCUGCUGUUGUUCUUAGUGAAAGGGCUUUUAUUCCGGCUUUUAUUUUUCCUGCACGAGAAUAUGCUUCUAUACAAGAACAUUUGGCUUAUUUUGGUUUUUAUGGUAUACAAUGUUUUGCAGCUUCUAUUUUGGCUUUAAUUAUUAAACUUCCAUACGAUUUUCUUGGAACUUAUUUUCUUUGGUGGACUUGGGAUUAUGGUAACCCGUUAAUUCAAGAGAAGAUUUAUGGUGUUCCUUGGAUACUUUUUGCUGAUGAUGCUUCUUUAACCUCUGCAUUUGUUUUCGUAUUACAUUUUACACGACAUUUUGCUGCUGAGGAGACUUAUAAUUGGAAAAAGUUUGUUGAAGAAUUUUUGAUGGUUGCUAUUUCCGCCCGUGUUGCUUUAUUAUUCUUUACGUUUAUAUCUACUCAUAUUGUUAUUUUUGGAUUUUUUCUGUCUAUAAGAACAAUGGUGUUAAUUAUAAUUUCUUUCCAAAUUUUGGUGGUUAUUUUUGAUAUUUUAACCUAUGAAAAGCAUUCUUUCAAUCUUUAUUGGUUUGAUGAACUCUCUUUUGUUGUUUGCAUUCAUUUUAUUUUUCUUAUGCUGUUGGUGGUGUUUUACAAUCCAAUUUAUGUUGUUAGUAGAGGAUUUCAUCAACCUAUUGGACCAUGCCAAGAAAAAUCUCCUUUAGUCAGAGAAGAGUUAGGCUUGGAAAUGGGAAAAUUAGGCUUGGGCAAACUAUUCUCAUUUUCAACGAAACUUGACAAAUCAACCUAUUUUUGUUUGAACGGAACUGGAAGUGAAUAUUUCGAUUUUCAUUGUGUUCCAGGUGGAAAACCUGUUAUUGAUGAUGAUAUUGUGGAAUGGUAUACAAUUUGUGGGAAAGAAUCUAAUUAUGAUUAUCAAUGGGAAUAUAUUUAUUUGAUUUGGUAUUUUUUUAAUUUUUUGGGGGAAUCCUCUGUCCGGCUUGUAGAUAAAAGGGAGAUGAUAAGUUAUCCCUUGUCCUAUUUCCUUAUACAGCCUGAAAAAAGUUUAGUUAUGGAUAUAUAAAAAAUUUUCAGGUGUCUUGUUUCUAAAAUCUUUCUAAAAAAGAUUAAAAAGCCAAAAAAAAUUUUAGGGAACCCUUUGUCCAACCAGUAAAAGGAGUAUUGCGAAUAACCCAAAAAAAAAGAUGCCUAAAAAUUUUACCCGCAACUACCUAAUUUCUUUUUUAGGUUUAUCUGCAUUCACGGCUCGAUAAUUCUUUACCAGGCAGCAUCUAAAUCUUGGGGAAUCGAACAAUCUAAUGUUAAGAAGAAGAAUAAUUAAAUUUAAAAAUGGCAUAUA